AUGUUGAGAUCCAACCUGAAAGAUGUGGUGCUCUUCAUAAUAGACGAAGUGUCCAUGGUCUCCAAUCUAACAUUGAUGUACAUAAAUCUCAGAUUGUGUGAAAUAUUCAACACCUCAGACCAAAGUAACGGCUGGUUUGGUAAAAAACAUAUACUGCUCUUUGGAGACCUUUUACAACUUCCACCAGUACACGAAGACUCCCCAUUCAUUGAACUUGACAGUAGCAAACUUAGUUCUUUUGUUGGCUCUCUGUCUUGUGUUAACAUCUGGUCUGAACAGUUCUCUUAUGAUGAACUUACUACAAACAUGCGACAAGCUCAAGAUUCUAAGUUUGCUGAUGUGUUAAGCAAAGUCAGAGUAGGCAAUAUGACCGUUGAGGACAUCCGUCUAAUUGAAAGCAAGAAAAUACAUCUUAAUGGAAAAACUGCUUGUGAAAACCUUUCUCUAUUAGGAGAUUACUUGUCUGCUUUUCCCAACAAUUCUGUGUGUCUUUGUUCAACUGGUUACCAAUGCUCCAUAAUAAAUGAUGAAAUGGUCAAUAGAAUAAGUGGUCCUGUCGUUAACUUGGUUGCAAAAGACUCAGUUGACUGUCUACCUCGUCAACAAAACAAAGUUAAAAAGAUACUGUCCUCUUACAACUCUGACUGCAGCAGAACGGCUGGUAUGGAGAAAAUUAUUCCUAUUAAGGUUGGUGCUAAAGUUAUGUUGCUUAGAAACAUUGACGUCACUGUGGGGCUAGUUAACUCCGCCAUUGGAACAGUAACGGGGUUGAGGUUUAAUACAGACAAUUCUGAUGACGUAGACUCAGUGACAAUUAACUUUGAUUGUGGCAUUACCCAUCACCUACAGCGAGUAAACGUCAAGUUUCAAGUGAUGGAUAACGCAUUUGUGUAUCGAGAGCAAUUCCCGAUAUCGAUGUCCUACGCGGUUACAAUUCACAAAUGCCAGGGCCUCAGCUUAAAUAGCGUAAUAAUUGAUAUUGGGGAGUCCAUAUUUACAUGUGGCCAAUCAUAUGUUGCCUUGUCACGAGUGACUUCAUUAGAAGGGCUUCAUCUUAUUAACUUUAACCCAAGAGAUGUGAAGCCUCAGAAAUCCGCCAUUCUCGAAUACAACAGACUAAGGCAGAAGUACAGGUCUGACCUUCCACUUUACAACACAAGUUGUGACUCCUCUUCGGCUCCUUAUGUGAGAGACAGGAAGUGGUGCCAGACCAAAAAUGUCGAAAAAGUGCAGGAUGAGAGUACAAAACCGCAGACUGGCACUGGCAGCGCCGGCCGAGCUGAGCUGACUGAAAAAAAGAAGAAAAAAAAAACCUGA